AAUAUUCACUCUGCAUUCAUUGGUUGGAGAGGAGCAAGAGACUUAGCCAAGUGAGUAGUAGUAGCUCGCCAAGUUUUAUACAGAAAUAUUAGCAGCGGACAAUGGAAUUCAUCGAGGUAUUGCUGCUACUGAUCACAUUGACACUAGUGAAGGGCUCAGCAAGUUCAGCAAACACAAAUGAGAAUUUUAUUUUGCCUUCAAAUUGUCCAAAAGCAUGCGGUGAUAUAAAAAUUGAGUACCCUUUCGGCAUUGGCAAUGGUUGUUUUUAUGCUGCUGGAUUUAACCUUACUUGUUCAUCUGAUUCUAAUCCCCCAAGACUCUUUCUAAGGGAUAGCACUAUCCAAGUAGUGGGUUUUGAUAUGGAAUCGGGACUGAUUCAAAUUGAAUCACCGUAUGCCAUUUUGGACGCAGAUACAGAGUCUAUCAAUACCACAUUGAUGAAUAUCACGAAUUCGCCAUUCUCUAUCUCCAGACAAGUUUAUGGUGAUGGUUCAUCCAUGACCAGUAUAGGGGGCAACAACUUGUAUGUGGGAGGUUGCAGUGCUACUGCCAGUAUAGUUGAUCUCAUUACCAACAGCAUCGUUGCUAUUUGUCCGUUAAUAUGCUCUUCAACAAUUGAUUAUGGAUUUAUGACUCAAAAUGGAUACUGCCAGAUUUCGUUGGACUUCUUGAAGUUUAACAAUACUUCAUUGAUUCUUCAGUUAUCUCGUACAAAUGAGAAUGAGAAUAAUCAUACGAUUAACAGUGAUAGGUCCAGCAUCAUAAGCAUCUUGUGCAAUGGAUGGAACUGUCCCUCUAACAAAACAGAGUUUCAAAGUUUUAUAAAAAGGGAAAACAAAGCAAGAGCAGAGGCCUCUCUUUCUUGGCAUAUCCCGGAUCAUUCUUCGUGUAAAGAGGCCAGGAAUUAUUCGGCCACUUAUGCUUGUCGCAGUUCUAACACUGAUUGCUAUGACAUCCUUGCUGAAGAAUAUUUUCCCAUCUAUCUUAGAUAUACAAUUGGAUAUAUUUGUCAAUGUUCUUUGGGUUAUUGCGGAAAUCCAUAUUUACCAGAUGGCUGCCAAUUAGAUACAAAUUUUACAAGCAUUCCUGCGAAAGAUUGUCCAGACAAAUGUGGAAAUAUGACGAUCCCUUUUCCAUUUGGGUUAAAGGAGAAGUGUUAUCGAUCCAAAGAGUUUGAUCUAUCAUGCAACGAGUCCUCUCAUCCUCCAACUCUCCUUUAUCAUGACUAUUUAGAAGUGAAAGCUAUUUCGUUAGAGGAUGGGAAAUUGGAGCUCUCACCUUAUGAUGAAGCAUAUGACUCAUCAGAAAAUAAAUAUAUCAUUUCUCUGAAACAGCAAAACAUACAUAAUUGGAUAGUUGGCUAUCAGACUUGCGACGAUGCUAUGAAGAACAAGAGCACCUUUGCAUGUUUCGCUCGACACAGCUCUUGUUUGGACACGGGUAUCACAAAACAUCACAAGGGUUAUCGAUGCGAAUGCAUGCAAGGCUACGAGGGAAACCCCUAUAUUGAUAAUGGAUGUCAAGAUAUCGACGAAUGCAAAUCUUCUUCAACUGUUUGUAAGGGAAUUUGCGUAAAUACAGAAGGAAGUUUCAAUUGCACGUGUCCUCUGGGAACAUCAGAAGAUCCUGUACAUGGAGCAUGCAUCCCUAACAAAAAGAAAAUUCUUUUAUUAGGGAUCAGCGUUGGCGCAGGCAUUGGCGCAGGCCUUUUGUUCUUAUGCAUUACAUUAGUCAUCCUAAGUAGGAAAUGGAAGGAAAGAAAUCAAAAGAAAAUAAGACAAAGGAACUUCCAUAAGAAUCAUGGUUUGUUGCUUCAACAACUAAUCUCCGCAAAUGAACUUGUUGAGGAGAGAACAAAUAUAUUUUCUUUGGCAGAGAUAGAAAAGGCAACAAAUAAUUUUGAUGAAACUCGAAUAAUUGGAAAGGGAGGACAUGGAAUAGUUUACAAAGGAAUUCUAUUAGAUCAAAGAGUUGUUGCUAUUAAAAAAUCAAAAACGAUUAAAAAGAGUGAGGUUGACCAAUUCAUAAAUGAGGUUGCUAUUCUUUCUCAAAUCAAUCAUAGAAAUGUAGUUAGACUGUUUGGAUGUUGUUUGGAAACUGAAGUUCCUUUGUUAAUUUAUGAAUUUAUCUCUAAUGGGACUCUUUCAGAUCAUCUUCAUGUUUUACAAGGUGAAACAAAAUUAUCAUGGGAUGAUCGUCUCAGGAUUGCCAUAGAAUCUGCUGGAGCGCUUGCCUAUCUACACUCAGCUGCUUCUAUAUCUAUUUUUCAUAGGGACAUCAAAUCAUCAAAUAUUCUUUUAGAUGAUACUUUAAGAGCAAAGGUAUCAGACUUUGGAGCAUCAAAAUUCAUUCCUCUUGAUCAAACACACAUAGUUACUGCUAUACAUGGCACUUUUGGUUACUUAGAUCCGGAGUAUUAUCAAACUAGUCAGUUAACAGAAAAGAGUGAUGUCUAUAGCUUUGGAGUUAUUCUUCUUGAGCUUUUAACGGGAAAGAAGCCUAUCUACUUAACCAACACCGGGUCACAACAAAAUCUAGCAAUUAAUUUCCUUCAAACAACGAGAGAGAAGAUACUCUUUAAGCUCAUAGAAGAUUGUAUUUUGCAAGAAGCAACAGAGCAAGAGCUUCUUGAAAUAAGUAAUUUGAUAGAAAUGUGUCUGAGUUUGAAAGGAGUGCAAAGGCCUACAAUGAAGGAAGUUGAGUAUAAAUUGCAAGGCCUAAGAAAGAUAAAAACAAGAAAGAACAGACUUUGUAUUCCGGAAAGCAACGAGGAAACAGAAUUGGCAAACCAAAUAAAUCAAGCAAAUUCCAGAAAUUAUAGCUUAGAGAAAGAAUUCAUGUGGUCACAGAAUUACCCACGGUAAGCUUAAUUUACGCAUAUGCAAGUUCAUGUACAAUAUGCAUCCAUGUGUUAUAUAUCAUCUUAAACUUUAUUUACUUAAUUUUGUAGAUAUUGAUGUAUUUGUUAUUUCCAUCUUGUCUCUAAAUUUAGAUAAAUUGAAUUUCAUG